CGGUGGAACUGUCAGUGCUGCAUUGGUCCUCCUCGCGUAAAGACGGGCCACGGAUCAUCUGUGAUUACCUCGUGUGCCGGAGUCCUUUCCCGCAACGAACGAGAACACCGCAAGCAAUAGACAGCUGAAAUAUGGCAGCACCGCAGGCGUCGUCGCGUCUCGAGAUGCUGCAGGCUCGCUUCCAGCAGAAACAGCUGCAGGAGAAGGAGCAGAAGCUGCUGCAGCUGUACGACCAGCAACAGCAGAGAGCCUACCAGGUCGUACAGCGAAGUAGCGCCGGUUCCAACGGUUCCGGCCCGAUCAGAACCGCGUCAACGACAACGACGGCGUCGUCCCAUACGACCUCGACCUCGCAAGGUGGUAAGGUGAGGCAAAUGUUCGACGAGAGACGGCAGACUACCGUGAAGGGGAUCGACAGGAGCUACCCGCUGGAACCGCUUGAAAAUAAGCUGCGAAAGCAAGGGAAUACAAACGGCGUGGCGUCGCAGAGGAAUGAUAAUGUGACGGUGAAUCGACAGUCCGUGAAACGCGUGUCGCGCGCGGACGUUAACAGCAACGUUAACGGCGGCAAGCCUGUUGUUUCUUACCAUGAAGAGAUCACUCGCGAGUCGUUUGGCCCGUCCAUACGUCGCCACGAUGACGAGGACGAGUACGGCGUCGAGAAUCGCAUCGCUACGUUCGCCAAUGGACAUUAUCGUCACGAAGCUGAUAAUGAGCAAGAAGAAGCGUUGGAUCAGGAGACGGUAGAGAGAAAUCGUAUGAUGGCGAAGAUUCAUCUAAUGGGGUUCGACGAGACUCUGAAGCAUCGGGUGAGGAACGAUUUGGAGAGCGAGGAGUUUCCGGAAUACCUCAUGGUGGAUGUGCCCGACAAGCUCUCGAAGAGGAACGUUACGAAGAAAUUGUCUCAAGCGGAAGAGCGACUCGAACGAUUCAAGAACGCGAACGCGAAGAGAAGUAACAUGCUGAAACAGGCGACUUCGAAUAAUACGGUGAUAAGAAAGCGAUCGGAACAAGUAAUUCCGACAAAAUCCAAUUCCAGAGUAUGGAGCGAGGUCGCCGGAACUUCCCCAACCAGCACGAGAAGUAGCCUGACCUCAGAGAGCAGUCAAAGGAUUCUCGAAAAUACAAACAGUCCCCUGCCGACUAGAACUCGCACAGUUGACGAAACGAGCUCGAGACGACGGGAAAGUUCGGGUACUGAGACACUGGGUCAACGCACGAGUCCGCGAAGCUUCUUAACAAGAGAAGCUGCAAAGGCGGAAGACACUUCGAGAAUUUAUCCCAGGCGUAAUGAGUACAUGUCAUUGACGUCUGAUGGAAAAAUAUUCAUAAGACGUAGCGUGAGCCCGCAGUUUUUUUGUAGAGAAUCCAAAAGAUCUGGCACGGCUAUGAGCAUCGACCGAAAGUCCGAUUCAUCCGGAUCACCAUUAUUCUAUCAAGAAACGUCAACGAAACAAAGUAGAAGUCCAUUUUUUCUUAAUGAAUCUCGCAAAACGAGUGAAUCUAAAUCAUCCUUAUGGAGUGACAGAGGAAUUUCGUCAAAACAAAGCACGAAUUCGCAAUAUUUCUCUGAAUCCAAACGAUCAGAAACAGCUAUGAGUACCGAUCGAGAAACUGUUGGAUCCAAAUCGUCCGAAUGGAGCGAGGGAACGUCAACAAAACGAGAUACCAAUUUUGAUCGGAAAGAAGUUCAAACAAGUACGAGUCUUGGCCGACGAUCUUCUUUAUCUAAAUCGCCAUUGUAUGAAGAAAAAAUAUUAAAAAGGCGAAGCACCAGCCCGCAAUUUUUCUGCAAGGAAUCCGAACAAUCCGCCACGACUAUGAGCAUCGAUCGUGCAACUAGCGAAUCUAAAUCGUCGCUGUAUGAUCAUGAAAUAGUAAUGAAACGGAGCAAAAGUCCGCGAUUCUUUCUCAGUAAAUCUGAACAAUCUCGCAAAACAAGUGAAUCUAAAUCACCAGCAUGGAAUGGCAGAAGAAUUUCGUCAAGACAAAGCACGAGUCCACAGUAUUUCCGUCGUGAAUCCAAACGACCAGAAACAGCUAUGAGUACCGAUCGAGAAACUGUCGGAUCUAAAUCGUCCGAGUGGAGCAAGCGAAACACAAAUCCGCGAUUCUUUUCGAGAGAAGCUACAAAGGUGGAAGCUUCGAAAAUUUAUCCGAGAAGUAAUGGAUACAAGUCAUUGACAUCCGAUAGAAAAAUAUUCGUAAGACGUAGCGCAAGUCCGCAGUUCUUUUGUAGAGAAUCCAAACGAUCUGGUACAACUAUGAGCAUUAAUCGCAAAGUUGGUGAACCUAGAUCGUCAUAUGAUCGAAAAGUAUUGAAGCGAAGCACAACUCCAAGACGGUUAAACGGAAAGACCAAGGAACGAUCUGCAAUCACUACGAGUAUCGAUCGGAAAUACGGUGGAUUUGAAUUGUCUGAAAUUAUGCGCAACAAACGCUCCACGAGUCCACAAUUUUUCUGUAAAGAGUCUGAAAAAUCCGCUACAACGAUGUUGAUAGAACCAAGAUCAAGAUCAAAUUCUACCAAAAGUUUAUUAAAUCAGCGCAGUUCAGAUACUUCUUAUAGGCGACCUAUAAAAUCUCCGAUUGAUAAAAAGAAUAAUUUUACGAAAGAUAGACAUACUUCAAGUCCUUCAGUUGCUAAACACGAAGUAAAAAAGGCUUUGGAGAAAACCGACGUUUUCAACAAUAUUACAGAAACUCGCAGAUCGUCGAAAAUCUCGGAGACUUCCGCGACAUCGUCCAGCUCGAUCGUAAACCUCAAGUAUGGUUUGGAACUCGAUAAUAUUUUCCAGUCGGCAGGUUUGGUCCGUAAAUUUAUGAAGUCUCAAGAUGGAAAACAGCGUUCGAUUCGUCAGUCGCCCUCGAAACGCAACGCAAAUGUUCGAAUCUCCGCAAGAGGUAAUCAAUCGAAAAAUCGAUGUAAAACUUCUCUCCAAACAGCAAGAUCACCGUCUAUCGAAGGUAGGAAAAGAGCUACGCCAGAAUUUUCUCGCAAAAGUAUCACUCCGACGGAAGUUGACAUGGACAUUCAAGAGAUUACUAUGACGGAUCAUCGUAUUGAACGCGACAAACUGCAAAAAGCGCCAAGUCCAAUAUCGAAGCGACAAUUUGAUGGAACGUACACGAAAUCGUUCAAUAGUGGAGCGAAAUUCAAAACCUCGAUCACCUAUCCUGUUCGCAAACCGUAUAGAGAGAGAGGGUCCAUUUUAGAAUCAAGCGUUUUCAAGUCGAAGGGAAGCCUCUCUGAAAAAACAUUCAUGGAUUGUCAAAGCGGCCGAGAGAACAAAAGUGUCAGCUUGAAUAAACUCGGCUUUAGUCCUACGAGCGGAAGUUCUCGGCGUAUCAUAAAUCGAGACAGGAUAGAUGAAAUAUCUUCCCAAAUGCGAAAACAAUCCACAAAAAAUGAAGUUAAAUAUAGUGGGACUCAAUCCACGAAACGUGAAGAUCGCGCGAGUUCUCGAUCUCCAAUUCACACGCGGAAUCGUUCUGCGGAAAGUAGAGCAGUUGGCAGUCCGAAAGUAACAUCUCCUGAUGUUUCUAUAAUGAGAAAAUAUCCUGAUACAGUCUCGCCGAUUUUGUACGACUUCGCGGAGAGGAGGACCAAAGGAGCACGCACAAAAGUUGAUCAACCGCAAAGCUUACGAUCUGCGCGACUAGUGCAGGGUGCGGUGAAGACCAGGAACUUACCUACAAACGACAAAUAUAAUCGGGGAAAAGAAAGACGUGAAGAUAAAAAUAUAUCGGUAGAUGAAGUUGAUGCUGGUAUCGGCGUAAAGUAUCAAACGGUAGUCAAAACUGCUUUGACUAAAGAAAGCAAAGAUUAUAGCGAAAUUAUUCGCUCAAACUCCGCUGAUCGGAUUACAAGCAAAAGGAUCUUUCUCCGCGAAACUACGCCGAUGAAGUCGAGUACUUCAAAGAAAACGAUUUCUCCGACAAGAGAAUGUGUCAGGCGGCACGACUUAGAGUCUAAGGUUUCAUCGCGAGUCUCACCUUUACGGAAAGCAGCUGAAAUUUCUCGUGGCAUCUACACUCCGAAGAUUUUCUCAUCCCAGAAUAUCAUAGCGAAAACGGAUCAAAGCCCCACGUUGAAAUUUUCGACGUACACUGUCGAAGACCGCAGGCGCGAGAGUGUCGCGAACAAAUUGGAGGAAUUCAAUAAAAUGAGCGUAAAACGUAAAACCGAAGAAUCGAAGAAUAUCGUAAGUGAAUUUUCUAAAACUCAAUGCAAGGACAAAUAUAAAAAAGAUCUCGAAAGAAUGGACUCUGUGGAAUCAGCGUUGAGACGAUUUGAUUCCAUAGGCGCGGAAUUUGAAUGUUCAAGUCUGACGAACUUCCAGGCAUCUCCAGAUAUCUCCUUGCAAACGAUGGACCAAAAAAAAGUUAUUAAAGAAUCAAUCGAUUCGAAAGGAACGACAGUUCCUUCUCGUAAAGUAACGGAUCAUACGAUUUUAAAAUCGACGCUGAAAUCUCCAAUUGGUAAAAAUCUACAAACUAAAAAUGUCGCCCGUAAAAGUGAUUUAAGGAUUCUCAAAAAGGAAACUCGUUCCUCUAAGAGACCAACAAGAUUUGGAAGUUCCAUUGAAAGCAAACAGAGAUCUACGAAAAUUCAAUCACCAACGUGCAAGCGGCGAUUGUUUGAAUCCGAUUCAGAGAAAGAGGUUCAAGAAGAACGGCCAAAAUUGAAUUGCACAAAAGCGCGGAAAGAUGAGAAUUGUUCUUUCGUAAAUAUAAGAUUUCGUAAAGACGAAACAGUCUCAAACAUAAGGUCUUCCAAAAGUCUCGAUCGCGACAUUGCAAAAGAAUCGGAAGAAACGUUUACGUUUUCCGUGAAACCGUUGCGGUCCAUCGAGGAUAUUCGAAAAUUGAUCGAUAGCGAACGAAAUAAAUCAGUCACUACGAAAGAAUCGAGGUCAGCGAUUGCAAAUCAGCGUUCGGCCUCGCGAGAGAAUGUCGAUGCGAAGAGAUCGAGUCCCAUAAUCGAUGCGGCAAAAAACAGGACCGAUCCCGUGAGACUGACUAAAAUUAAAUCCUGUGUAUCCAGGAUCACGAAGAGCCCGAGUCCUGAUUUAGCUGCGACAAAACAGCGCGAAAUAAAUGCGCGAACGACAAGAGGAAGCACUCCUUCAUCCCCCUCAAAAAGUCCUGAUGUUGCCUCUACGAAUCAGCGUGCAGAAUCGAGGAAUCAAGAAGCGAAACCUUCGAGAAGAUCAAUAAAAGGUGCGAAUUCGAGCAGGAGUAAAGUAACCAGAACGAUCGAUACAGUUGACGGCGUCGUUCUCCAAAACGGUUCGCCGAACGAAUCUACGAAGAAAUCCGACGCCUUCAUGGUCGACUUUGACGAUCGAUCGUCGAAAGAAGACGACACGAUGUCGAAAAAAUCACCGAUGAAGAAAUCUAACGAUAAGCAACAGACAGCUUCCAGUGCUUCAGGCCGGCCGACCUCAUCGUCGAACUCCAGUGUUAACUUAAUUCAAAAUUCUAGUGCGAAAAGUAGAAUGGAAAGUGAAAGAGGGAAAGAAAUAGGGAAAGGAGGAGGUAAAAAUAGAGGUAAAAUUAUAGAAAAAUCUUCUUCCAGUAGUGGCAAACUUACAAAUUCGUCAAGUUUCAAUGAAUACCCAGCUAACGACACGAAGGGCUUGGUAAAGUGUAGAACAUGCGGACGUAGCUUCGCACAGAAUCGAAUCGAUCUUCACGAAGAGAUCUGCAUGAAAACGACAGCCAAGAAGAGGAAGCAGUUCGAUCCGGUGAUGAGCCGAGUUAAAGGAACCGAACUCGAACCUUUCGUUAAGAAAGGCUUCGCUAAACGAGAGACGAAAACGAAGAAGCCGGAAAUCAAACCGGACUGGCGGCGCAAGCACGAGGAAUUUAUCAGCGCAAUCCGCUACGCAAGGGAGAUGCAGGUACGAUUGGCGUCAGGUAAAAAUUUGAGCGAUCUGCCGCCACCACCGCCCAGCGAUACCAGUGAUUACAUCCAGUGCGAGCACUGUGGCAGGAAGUUCAAUCAGUCCGCCGCGGAGCGGCACAUUCCGAUUUGCAAGCGUAUGCAUGACAAGAAGCAAACGCAAGUGUCGAGGGCGAGACGCUAAAUAGGAAGUCGUGGCGAACACUCAGGCUUUUCUCAGCCUCUCCACGAAGAAAAAUCUUAUACUCCUAAAUAGCGUUUACUUUUUUUAAGCGACUCUCUUCCCCUCGAUUCUUUUCCGCCGAUUUACAAGUGUAACACUCCCUCCCGUCUCGUACGCGAAUCGCGAUCUUACUCCAUUUCGAAAUUUUCGUCUGCUUCACUAUAAUGUUGAAACGUAAAUAAAAGAUUCGAUAGAAAGUUUGAAGAACUUGUUUUUACAUUAUUUCAAAUUUUAUUAAGAACAGCAUAGAAAUAGAUUCAUCGAUUGGAACGUAAUUACAUGAUUUGCAAUGCUAUGACGUUUAUUAAAACGAGUGAAGCAAACGAAAAUAAUAUUAAUAAUAAAAAAGAUUAUUUAUAUGUGAACUAAUGGCAUGUCGUAAUUGGUCGACAAAUUCAAAGUGAUCGAAUAUGACAGCAAUAAUCAUUAAUAUUUAAAGUCAAAUAGGUAUGCCGCUGAUGACUAUCGCUUUUUAUUCGUGAUGUUGUUAUCGCCUAAGCUGGAGCUUUGAAUAACUAUCGAUCAAAUUUUUUAUCAAAUAAAUUUUUAUACUCAUUUCGUAAUUAAAUGCAUUUUUAUAACCGCAAAGAUUAUACGCAAAUAAAGAUGUAAAAAGAUGCGCCGAUAUAAUGUAUAUGAAGGAAAUAUAUUAUAUAUAGCA